UACUGAAGUUUGUCUUUCAUUAACAUGGAAAUGUAGUCCAGGAAUUUCUACAAGGAGUCUUAGUUUUGCAUUAUUAUAGAGGUAGCCCGUAUUUGUCGCAUGUAAGACAGUUGUUCCGGUAAAUGAGAUUUCGGCAUCAUUAUGAGCUCGAUAUGUACGAGUUACAAUAGCGGAGAAAGAGGUUUUGUGAAGGGCUUUUCCUGUCCCACCGCGGACAGUAACAUUCGAGCUGUUUUCUGCUGUGGAUUUAAUGAUAUGAAGUACUGUUGUGAUGAUCCCAACAGCUUUUUCCCUUAUGAAUAUGGAUAUAUGUGGUGGCUCAGUUUUGGAGCUCUGGUUGGUCUCUCCAUAGCUGCUGUGGUCCUGUUGGUCUUUGUCAUCACUGUGUGCGUCCUCUGUUACCUUUUCAUCGUCACUAAACCCAGUAGCAGGGACGACGGCCUCAACCUUAGUGUGCCAGGAUCUGACCCAACAUCUGAGCCCAGCCUUUCUACUGGACAUCAGGGUCUCAAACAUCUCCUUAACCGCAAACUGGAGUGUGAAAACCGUCCCAUUGACCCUGAGCGGCUCUUUCAGCGCUGCUUUACCACAGCUGUCACCAGAAUCAAUGUGGAAGGACCCGCAUAAAGAGCCCUUCACACUGUGCACAGCUAAUGGAAAUAGUGUAGAGGUUUAUGGUUUUGAUUGAGUUUUUAGUAGUGAAAUGGUUUUCUGCUGUUUGUGUGCUUUUAUUCAUUAGUCACUGUGUAUUUUCCUCAAGCUGUGUUAUAUCAAGAUCAAACAAAGUUUGAUUCCUCAGGAUAUUCCUCUUUAAAUUUGCUAUUUAGUAACACAUUUAGUAAUGAUUAUCUGUUAUAAUUGAACUGUUUCAGCUUUUGUUAUUGUGCAAAUCAGUUUAAAAAGUGGUUAUGGAUCCCAUUUAUCAGUAUACUGUAGUAUGCAAUUCUAUGCAACAGUAUUUCUGAUUUAGCAAAGCUGCAGAAAUGCCAGACAAUCAGCAUGAAUGUUAAGAUAAUAUAUAAUAUAC